AUGGACCAACAACCGGCGGCCGACAUAUGUCGACUAAGUGACGGACAGGCGGAGGCAAGAGCCAUUACAACGGCCAAGUAUUCAGCCAGAGGCCAAAUCGGGGGAGAGGGUGAAAGCGGCGGCCAACAUAUUUUUCUCAAAAUGGUUUUGAUUUGUUUUAAAAGGGAAGUUAUUGGAUGGAAUCCUAAAUAUAUUGAAAAUGAUGAUGAAUUAGAUUCGGAUGAGGACGACACAUCAAUCCAUGUUUCAAAGGUUCAAGAUGAUCCUAUCAAUUUGGAAGGCCAGGAAAAAGUUGAGACUAUCUAUGAGGAGAGCCCAGUUGGUUCAGCUUAG